AUUUGAAAGAAAAAAAAAAAGUAAACGACCUAUUUGUUAUUGUUUUGCUAACGAUUAUUACCGUAAUAUACGUAAAUUACAAUUUCAAUGCCUGCAAGAUGAGUGCCGACACGACAAUGCAACUUCCAUUAACACAUUCGGCUACUCAAAAACUCGUUUGAUUUAUAAAUAAUCGCGAUGUUUUCAGAUAUUUGUGUGUCAACAAAAUUUAAAUGAAAUGCUACCCGUAGUGAUGUAUAAUAUGGAAGGGUGUUCCAACUCGAUGAAUAAUUUUAACUCAAUAUACGAUGAUAGUGUCAUAUUGAACGGUGUCAGGAAUAGGAAAAAAGUGUCCGAAUUACCGAAUUGCCCUGUGUGCAGUUGUACGAUACGACAAGGAGAGUUAGAUAGUCAUUUGGCCCUGGAAGUAGAGCGGUUGCAAAAGCUAUCUAGUGCUUCCAAACGGAAACUGAGUUCUAAUAGUCCUAGUGCGCCGAUACCGGGGUCCAGUACGAGUGUCGAUAAUCCUAGUGAGGAGGCUGAUGUCGAUGUGUCUGGCUGCCUUGGUAGUGAUGUGUAUCAGCGAGUUCACGGCAAUCGUUUACGUCGUCUCCGUUCGCGUAGACGCUCACCGCCCCCGCAGCAAGGGGAGUGCCCCAUAUGCAACGCCACCCUGCCGGCGUCCAGGCUGCAGAGGCACGCGUUGCGAUGCCUGAAGCGUACCGGAGCGGAGAUGGAUGAGGACGUGCCGGAUACCAGCUCGGAGGAGGGCAGUAUUGAUGUUGAGAACGACGAGCCGAGCGGCUUCGGCGCGGAGUACCAGUGGUGCGGCGAGUGGCGGGUGCGCGCCGCCGCGCUGCAGCCGGCCGACGCGCGCCCCGGCACCAGCGUGCGCCGCGCCUCCACCGACCGCGCGCUCGUGGUAGAUCACGACGAAGACACGGAGCUAUACGGGCCACCACAAUACUCCCCCUCGCGCAUAGCGCCCAAUACGGAGGAGGAUCAAGCAGAGGAGUCGAACGGGAACGAAGAAGAGAACGCCGAAGAUGGUGACGCGGAGGCGCAGAAGAAUCACAGGCCGAAUGGGUUGGUGGAGGCCAGUGCGGAGACAAGAAUACAAGCAUUGAAAGCGAAAAUAAAAGAUUUAGAGAAGAAACAGAACACUGCGUUAGAGGCGAAAUGCCUCAUAUGCCUGGGCCCCUACACGUCGCCGGCGGUGUCGAUACAGUGCUGGCAUGUGUACUGCGAAGUCUGUUGGUUGCAAUCGCUUCGCGCCAAGAAGAUCUGCCCGCAGUGUAAUGCCAUAACCACAGCUGAGCAUUUACGAAGGAUCUACAUGUGAAAUUAUUGAAGAUAUUUGCUAAAUAUGCAAUUGUAAUUGAUAAAAGGCGAAACGGAACGUUUUCUCGUACGGUGA